UGCGCGCAACCAAUGCAAAGCGAACUGAACAGAAAAAGAAGAGCAGCUUCGGGUCUACGCGCUUCGCAUAGCAAGGAAAAUGAGCCUGGCAAAGGAAAUACUCGUCCUGAAAAAGUUUCAAAUGGGAAUGGAUAAACUAGAUGAAAAAGACAUCCGUUAAUUUGCUAUCUUAUUUGCCCUGAAGGAUUUAUAGUUGCCCGGUCCAUCGAGAUUUUUAAGAAUCUGUACCAUUUGGAUGAAGGCACCGGGCAUGAUGGCAUACAUGCGCUGCUUAGUCCUGUGGACGUUUUUCAUGAGAGCAGUCCAGAGCUGCCCCGAGCCUUGUAUUUGCACCGACAAAUACGCGCAUCAAUUUACGGACUGCGCCUACAAAGAUCUGCAAGUCGUGCCCGAAGGACUGCCAUCCAACGUGACCACACUUAGCUUAACCGCGAACAAAAUCAAGUCCUUACUAAAAAACUCUUUCGUAAAUGUCACCCAAGUCACCUCUCUAUGGCUAGCCCACAACGAAAUCGUGACCAUCGAGAAGGGCACUUUGGCAGUACUCGUCCAGUUGCGGAAUCUGGAUCUCAGCUAUAACCAGAUCGCCCAUUUCCCUUGGGAAGACCUCUACAAUCUCACAGCUUUACAGCUCCUAAAAAUGAACAACAACCACAUGGUUAACCUUCCGAAAGAUGCCUUUUCUACUCUCAAAGACUUGCGAUCCCUGAGAAUUAACAACAACAGGUUUACCUCCAUACUACAGGGCACCUUCGACUCCUUGAGCUCAAUGUCACAUCUCCAAAUCUAUAACAACCCGUUCAGCUGUACCUGCACGCUCUACUGGCUGAAGGACUGGAUUGAAGGUGCGCUUAUCUCCAUCCCCGAGCAGGAAUAUAUCGUAUGUGAGUCUCCGGAAGAUUUCAAAGGGAUCCAAAUUUCAAAACUGCCAAAGCUCCAAUGCGUACCCCCGAGCGUGUCGAUCUCUACUCAGCCCAGUCUUGAUAGCACCGUGCUCGUGGAAGGCAUGACCCUAACGUUUCACUGCAACACCAGCGGGAGUCCCAAACCAGAGGUGAAGUGGAACAUCAGGACCGGUGGCCAAAACAUCCAGUUUAAUCUGCCACUAGGCCACACGGAAAAUCACGAUCUACCCUUGGAGGACUCCCAAAACACGGCCACCCGCUUCUUGGUGUUUAAAAACGGAACGCUGAUCGUCCCGCAUAUCAGUAAACGGGAUAACGGCAGUUACGUGUGCUCUGCCAAAAACGAUCAAGGGAGCAAAGAGAACACAGUUAAGGUGGCGGUGGCGGGCAUCGGCAAAGGUGCGGUUAACACGAUGCAAGAGCGUAUCUUUGACAAGAACGCCAUAUCUGAAGGGAAAUCCGGCGUGAAUGUUUUCAAAAACCACGCGAUUAGCCUUCCGGACUCGGGAAUCACGAUCACUGACCCCACGAAGGCUACUUACUCCGUGGCAACGGAGCGAGGGGGUGCAGCGGUCGCCUCCGGGGCUCCCGUAAUCAUGCAGAAGUGCGGCAUCAGGGACAGAACUGAGUACAUCUCCAAUCACGCAUUCAACCAAAGUACCGAGGAUCAGAAACGGCACACUUUUGACUUCGGUGUCAUUGCCUUGGAAGUCUCUGAAACGGAGGCCAAAGUUCAGCUGACCGCUUUACAGACAUCCGUGGAAAAGCCACACUUGGAAAUGCUUUACUUGUGCGUAGACGCGGGGAACGGCCACUCUUUGGUCCAGUGGUCCAAGAUCGAGGCAGGGGUUAAUGCCUAUCAAUUCCAAGGCCUGCAUCCGGGUACCAACUACACCCUGUGCCUCACUUACACGGGAGAAGACUGUCAGGUGCAGGUUGUUUUCACCACGAGAAGGAAAGUCCCUUCCUUGUUGAUCAUCGUGGUGGUAAGCACGUUUUUGCUGGCCAUUGCUACGGUUCCAUUGCUGGGGGCCACCUGCUGCCACCUGCUUUACAAAUACCAAGGCAAGACCUAUAAGUUGAUCAUGAAAACACAAAAUCCCGAUCAAAUGGAGAAGCACAUGGUCGCCGAUUUUGACCCCAGGGCGUCUUAUGCGGAUUCGGAAAAGAAUUACAAUGCGAGUGAGAUGGGAGAGACGGCGGGGGACGGGGAAGAGGUGGAGGGAGAAAUCGAGGCGGACGAGAGCAUUGUAAACGAAUCUAUUCCCGGCUCUCAAUCCAAAACCAAUCAGGAGGAAUUCGAAGUGGGGUCCGAGUACAGUGAUCGCUUACCGCUGGGGGCCGAGGCCGUGAAUAUCUCUCCAGAGAUUAAUGGCAACUACAAACAAUCAGGUCGCUGACGGCCAGAAGCAAAAUAUUGUUAAAACAGGAGUACUUCAAAGAUAGUGUUUAAUAUGAGCCCUGAUAAAAAGAAGGCGCACUCUUAGGUGCUUCUGUUUCUUUCUUUUUUGUUUAGUUUUUCAUAUAAGCACUAAAUCCCAGCCGAGGUGUCAGAGCAAGCCCCUAGAAAGUAGCCUUGGCAUUGUAAGGGUAUCACUUAUUAGCCAAGCCCUCUUGUAUUUUUAAGUGCCAGGUGACUGGGCUUUAAUAACUCAAUCCGAAUGUAAAAUGAAAUCAUUAUAUUGGGUCAACGAAAACUAAAUAAGCAACGUAAAAUGAAUUCCAGCUCAGCAGAGCCGUCUUCUCUCUUUACUCAGGGCUCUCGACAACGUAACCUCAUCGUGGUUUUUCACUGGCAUUUGCUUCAGACAGUCGAGGUGCUGGACAGCGACAUUCGUGACUGCGUGUAUGUAUAUUGACUGUUUUCAUAUUCUGUGAAGUAGACAUGCAGUUUAACAUUUGAAAAGUGCUGGAAGAAUCCCUGGCCCUUCAAAAAAAAAAA